UAAAAAAAAAUCAUACGCGAAGGGAGGGAUUGGAUUUGAUCAAGCUCGCUCUGUCUCAUCGGAAUCGGAGAUCGGAAUUCUCCUUCAAGUGUUCGCCUUCGCCGGCGGUCCGAUCUCCGACAGUUCAAUGAUCACCAUUCCAUACUUGACUGCCUUGUCCACCUAUUUCAGCUAUGGCUUGCUCUUUGCCUUUGGCCAAUUUCGUGAUUUCUUCAGAAAAAUAUUCGAUUGGUGGAACGCCAGUAAUCUUCAGGGAUAUGCGCCUAUCUGCUUAGGACUCGAAGAUUUCUAUAUCCGUCGGUUGUAUCUUCGCAUUCAGGAUUGUUUUGGAAGGCCAAUAUGCAGUCCUCCUGAUGCUUGGUUUGACGUGGUAGAGCGUGUAUCCAAUGAUAAUAACAAGACACUAAAUGGGACCACAAAAGUUUCAAGGUGCCUGAACUUGGGAUCAUAUAAUUACCUUGGUUUUGCUGCUUCUGAUGAAUAUUGUACCCCACGUGUUAUUGAGUCUUUGAAAAGAUUUUCCGCAAGCACAUGCAGUACCCGUGUUGAUGGAGGCACCACAACGCUACAUAGUGAAUUGGAAGUGUGUGUGGCUAAUUUUGUUGGAAAACCAGCUGCUAUUGUUUUUGGUAUGGGUUAUGUAACAAAUUCAGCUAUUCUUCCGGUCUUGAUUGGAAAGGGAGGUUUGAUCAUCAGUGAUUCUCUGAACCACAACUCUAUUGUAAAUGGUGCUCGAGGUUCUGGAUCCACCAUUCGUAUUUUUCAACAUAACACACCGUCUCACUUGGAGAAAGUCUUGAGAGAACAUAUUGCUGAGGGACAACCCAGAACACACAGACCAUGGAAGAAGAUAAUUGUUGUGGUCGAGGGCAUAUACAGUAUGGAAGGGGAGCUUUGCCAACUCCCAGAAAUUGUUGAGAUAUGCAAGAAGUACAAGGCAUAUGUGUAUCUGGAUGAGGCUCAUAGCAUUGGAGCAGUUGGAAGAAGUGGAAGGGGAGUCUGUGAGCUCUUAGGAGUUGACACUGCAGAUGUGGAGAUUAUGAUGGGAACUUUUACAAAGUCAUUUGGAUCAUGUGGGGGUUAUAUUGCAGGAUCAAAGGAACUUAUCGAAUAUCUGAAGUACAAUUGCCCAGCUCAUCUCUAUGCCACAUCAAUAUCACCUCCAGCUGCCCAACAAAUAAUUUCUUCUAUCAAGGUUAUACUCGGUGUAGAUGGUUCUAGUAGAGGGGCUCAGAAGCUAGCACAGAUACGUGAAAAUAGCAACUUUUUCCGCUCUGAAUUACAGAAGAUGGGCUUUGAGGUUCUGGGGGACAAUGAUUCUCCUGUUAUGCCCAUUAUGCUCUACAAUCCAGCAAAAAUACCUGCUUUUUCACGGGAGUGUCUCAAACGAAAAGUGGCAGUAGUGACAGUUGCUUUUCCAGCUACUCCUUUACUUUUGGCCAGAGCACGAAUUUGCAUAUCUGCUGCUCACUCAAGGGAUGAUCUUAUUAAAGCGCUCGAGGUUAUCAGUGAAGUUGGUGAUCUAGUGGGCAUUAAAUACUUUCCUGCCGAGCCCAACAAAGAGCAGCUAGAAGCAAACAGAGUCAAGCUAGAAUGAGUUAAGUUUC